AUGGCUUCCACCACACUCGUCUCUCUCUCUCUCCUCCUCAUUUCUCUCUCCUCCCUCUCCUCCUCCCUCCCCUCCUCCACCAUCCUCGACGCCGCCGAGAUCCUCUCCGGCUCCGGCUUCGAAACCAUGGCUCUCAACCUCGAGCUGGCGUCGCAAAGCCUCCUCCCGCCGCGAACUCGCUCAAUCACCAUCUUCGCCCCAAACGACGUAGCCUUCAACAAGAUCCCGCAGCUCCCUCUCUCUCUCCUCCGCUACCACCUCCUCCCUCACGCUUUCUCUCUCCACAGCAUCAGCUCCCUCCCCUACGGCGCCAACAUCGCCACCCUACUCCCCGGCCACUCCCUCACCGUCACCACCUCGCAUUCCGAUGACCGAGUCUCCAUCAACAACGUGACCGUGAACCCCUCCCCAAUCUUCGACGACGGCUACCUCGUGAUCUUCGCAACCGAGAAUUUCUUCGAUCCAUAUUUCCAGCUUCCCGCGCAAAUCAUCCCUCGCCGCCCGAAUACCUCUCUCACCGCCGCCGCCGCUUGUUUUCCGGACAAAAAGAACAACCGGAAGUGGUUUUUCUCCGACGAGGCGUUUUCUUUUAAGGAAGCGAGCGACGUGUUGAGAUCGCGAGGAUGCUCUGUUAUCGCUUCGUUUCUCGAUACGCAGUUCCUCGGGCUCUUGGAUCGCCCUCAGCUGACGCUGUUUGCGCCGAUCGACGAGGAGAUGAAGAAUCACGUGGGGAAAAUGAACCUGAGCGAUUACUCGGCGAUCCUUCGCCACCACCUCGUGCCUUGCAAGAUCUUGUGGAGCGAUUUGGUGACUUUGGAAGAUGGAACGUUGAUUUGGACUUACGAGAGAGGGUUCACAAUCAACGUCACCAAAUCUAGUAAGGACAUGUUGUUGCUCAAUGGAGUGCCGGUGAUUUUUCCGGAGUUGUACUACAGUGAUUGGCUCGUUGUUCAUGGCCUUCGAGAAGUUCUCUCUGUUCCGAAGGGAAAAAAGAAAGCAGUUAAAGAUUCAGAUCAGGUUUCGGAUGCAGGGGAAGAUGCUAAAGAAUCAUGUUCGUUUGGGUUUAAUCACAAUGGUGCAGCAAACAAUGCAGGGCAUUACCACUUCUCUACUUUUCAUUAG